AUGAAGAACCUUAACGAUGACUGGUACGCCCUCGGGUCAAAUUAUUAUAGGUAGGAUUUAAAAGUCAUAAAUUUCACUGAAAUACAGAAGACUCAAGCUGUUCAGCCUGUCAUUGUCGGAUUCAAUUAACUUUGAUGACUUCUUCAUCGCAAUCAGAAGGACUUAUGGUCAGAUCGGUAAUUCCCUCCGAUAAAGUACCACAACUUCUUAAACAGCAUUCCUACAACGGCCCACAUCCUCGACGAAACCCUUCCUUCGUAUUACAACAUCCUCCGGAAAGACGAUCGCGGAAAACUUGGUGAGUUUGCUGUAUCACUCCUGACGGGCUCAGGCGUGCUUCGCGCGUCUUUCGCUCAGUGUACCUACAUCAAAAGCACUCCUGAUUUGCUUUUCACUUUUGUACUGUGUUAUCCCGCAGACGGGAGGCCCACUUAGUGCACUCUGCCCAAGACGACCAAACUCUAUCUCAUCUCCUUUGCCCUUGUUUUUAUGGCCAAAUACGGCUUCCUUCAUCAGUUACAGCUCUUUUACUGUUGUGUAUACGCUAUUUUCGGUGAAAGACGGAUUUGCGUGCUGUUCUAAAUGUCUGCAUAGCCUCACCCAUAGGCUUAUUUUAGCGUUUUUUCGUCGUGCUGUAAGGUUUUCCUGUGGUUCAAAUUUUCUGGGUUUUCUUAUCACCCCGACUUUUUAAGAUCAUUUUUUACGUCAUCUCAAAAAAACUAAUUGAUGAGACUGAAAAUAACCUCAUCUUACUGGUCUGAAAGAGGGAAAUACCGAUUAAUUUUCGUAGUCGACAGAUCUAGCUGCCAUAACUUAGCAGUUACAGGGCCUGAUGCUGUUUCGGAGAGCUUGGCGACUCGAUCCCGAGUCUCAAUAACUGUUUUAGUUGUGAAAAUUUUUAUAUUUCGCCCAGUCUGCCUUAUUUGCAUUGUUUUGGAGAUAAAUACACCUUGAGAAGAUGCCCGAAGGAAGGGGGAGAUGUUGCCAAACCUGCCCUCGAAGGUCAUAUACUCCGUUCUGUACGUCUAAAAGAACCGUUGGAAGCUUUUAUUCAUUUCCAGUUCGUCUUUGAGAUAAGAAACCGGUCUGCCUUUGCCUUUACCAAGCCGCUUUUAGACAUUUAUUUCCUUCUUUCACCCCGUAGUGGAAGGAUGCCCCCCCAGUGGCCAUCGGUUGGACAACGGAGGACGAACUUGCUGUUGUCCAAAGAUCUGGCUACGUCACACUACUCACCAUGAGUGCCACAUUCAAACGCCGUUUAAGCUUGGGCAAAGAAGCCGAAACUGCUCAAAUAGUCAAGGCCAAAUUCUUUACUUACGAGAAUGUGCGUGUCCGAUCCCUUUUUGUAAUUUUUUGUUCAGCUCGCUGGCCUUUGUCAUCCUCUGAAAUUUUACAUUCUCCAAUCUACUUAGCACACAGCGGUCGCCUAUCUGACGGGCAAUUCGCGCAUUUUCAUAGCAACCAGUCUGGAACGACAGCGAAUCCUAGCAAUCGCCGAUAUCCCGCAUUUGGCACGACCCUCCUUCUUGUGGAAUGUUAUCUCAUCCCACAACUCGAAUCCAGGCCUCAACUUGGACGCUUUCAAGGGUCCUUGGAUAAUGUUGGUCUUCUCGAGGCACAUCUUCCGCCUUGGAGUCGGCAGCACCCACAAGGUGAUCAUUUGCGACCUGGCAGUCGUUCCUCUUCUAUCACUUCCCCCAUCAGUUUGCGAGGCCUUCUUGAGGGAUAUGUAUAGGGUGUUCCAAACGUAGCGGUCAUUCUUAAGAUACCUAGCGUACUACCUAUCGGUUAGAAGAGGCAGUUUGCCUGACCCUUUGUCUGCUGAUGUUCUCCCAAGGCAUUGAUGAAUCGUGAAGAGGACUAAGGCGCGAUUACUGGAACACUAGAUUUAUUAAUCUGAGCUUUCGGACUCGCACAGACACCCGUUAGUUCGUUUUUCGUUGAGUCCCGGAAAGGUGUUUAGCAGGUUUUUCGAGUUAAAAUCCCGCUUCUUGUCCAGGUUUGAAGUAUCGACACGGGCUUAUUUGGUUUCAAGUAAUAGUCAAGUGCCUGUGAGGCAAAAACAGUGCCAACAUUAUUGAAGUAUUUCAACUCAUUCUGACUCAGUUUUCAAUAUAAUAACGACGGAACACUGAAACCCACGAGAGACGCUCCCAGUUUGCUGUCCUGACUGUGGGUUCCUCUACACGUCUACAGGUGGCAGAUAGUGGAUCCACUUCCCAGCGAAGAACUGCGAAAUAGUCGCGAACCAUGCAGUUUAGUGCCGCCAGGUAUAUCUAAUUACCGAUCUGGGGAUCAAACGGUAGGACUAGCUCCAACUGUUAAAACUAUCAAUCAGCUUACAGUGGAGGUUAUGGGGGGGGGGGUGGUGAUGCGAAAAUAAUCAAAUUCAGUAGCUAAAGGGGAGUUGCUGUCGCCCUUAUGUAGAGAACUCGCGUCGCGCGUGGUGGCUGUCCGGGUGAAUAGUGAUUAUUGUUGAGGGGAUGGAAAUUGCUCCUAUGGAUUCUAUUAACCCUUAAAAAGUCCAACAGAGGCGCACUGAAGUCAUACCUCCGGUCAUCUUACGGUCCACCGAAUCACUACUUCACCGGACGGCGGUUGCAUUUGACUAUUUUGUGCGUGGUGGUUUCCUAUUCUUCCUGGAUUCGGUAGUGGACGCCGCCAUCCACCGCCCCGACACCAAUUAGAGGUUCCAGGAUUGUGCCGGACGACCGAUGUGGGCUUACGAGAUGAAUGCCGUUAUGGCUUAUUACCUUUUUAUAGGUAACCGAUUCUUCAGGUCCGUACCCAUUCGCACUGGAAGGCCUACUGAUGCAUCGUCCGUCACAGCAUUUUUGUCAGAUUCGACAGCCUUCUUAUUUCGUAGCUAAUCUUCUCUGCAGACCGUUCCACUGUCGGUUAUCUGUAGACGCGUCGGGUAACGCGUAGUUGUGUUGGAAGUCUCACUCGGGUUUUCGUCGUCUCGCUGGAAGGAGCUGAACACUGGUGCAGUCCUUCAUCUUGAUAGCCAGCACCAACAAGGCAGGCUUACAUUGAUUUUGAGUUUUACAGGGCCUAGAGUGAUUUAAUUCGUUUUAUUUUCACAUAUCGAAAGACCUUAUUUGAUAGUAUUACUAGUUAGUUUGCACGUGACUGCACGCGUCUGUUCUGGCUAGUUGUUCUUCAUUCUUAUGGCUCUUUUAACGUUCCAGUUGUCCUUCAUGCGAAAUCUUUUUGGUACUCAGACAUUGUCGGGACUUAACGCUGUGCUAUUACUAUCCACAACAACCUAAAAAGCUGCUAUUCUACUUUAGGUGGAGUUGCCCUCCUCCUACUUCUCCUCCAACUUCUCGACAGUCAUCAAAAUGGCUGUUUCGGGUGACGAACAGUCCGUGGCCCUCUUCUUAGACACUGACGUACUGUGGGUGGGAAGCCUCGACUUCUCGGAGGUGAAAUUUGAGCUACCACUCAGAGGCCGUGUGUCGGCAGUGGGUAGCGAGGAGAAGACCUCAGUCUCGGGCUGUCGUCCUCUUGCCCUUAAGUGGCUUGAUAAUUUCACCAUCGCCGUUCAGUGGACCAACUUUAUCGUCCUUGUCGACGUCGAGAAAAACGUCUAUGAAUUCUUCUAUCCCACGUCCAUCCACACGGAAGUUGAGGUUGGAUUCCCUCUUGAAAACCUGUUUAUGUAUCCACUAGCUACUGGUUUCUGACCCUUUAACGUCUGACAAAACAACAUCAGACAUCAAACGCUCCAAAAUUCUGUUAUUAGAAAAGUGUCUCGGAAAGUUAGAUUGGCGUCGUUUGAGCGCCUAGAACGGCGGUGAAGAUCUGAUCUGGUCGGUUUAGUCUUAUCUCUGAAAAAAAAAACAAUUCAAGUGGUGAGGGGGAGAGUUAAUUGGACCCUUUCUCAUGCUUCCUCACUAGGAUAUGGUUUUGGUACACGCCGAAUAACGUCACCUUAAAAUUUGUUGCUUAGAGCUUGCCAAUUGGUAGGACAACUUCAUCCCUGAAGAUGAGAACCAGACUGAGAUGGCUGCAUUAUUCGAUUUUUACGGAUCUGGCGUCUGAGUGUGUUAAAUCUAAUGCUUACGUUAGACGGAUCAGCAAACGAAGACCGUGAAUGAAUGCUUGGCCAGCAGCUUGGUUAGCACUCAUCUACUGGCUUGCCUUUUGGACUACUAUCAGUAUGCGGGAAGCGUGAUGCAGAUGCGAGGGAUUCGGCUCACAGUGAGUCCUCCAACGUUUAUCGUGUACUUUCUCGUAUACCAGCUCCAGUCUUCAAGCUGCCCUUCUUAAUUUCCUCAUGCAACGGCACAGUAUCGGCAAAACAUGCGUUUUCGGGCCUUUAUUUAGUACCGCGCAGCCACUAUGGUAAAUCAUUCAGUAUUUGAAUGUCAUUUUGUGCAAAGCAAAAAGACCGAAUGAAUUAUGCGAGAUUAAUCUUCCCAAGACUGUUUUUCACGCCCCGUUAUGGAAAUAGUGAAAAAACGUACACUUCGAACUUUUUUUGGCUAGGCACGGGAUUAAGGACCUUCCGUACUAAAAGUGGUCUACGACCAAAUUCCAACAAAGGGACCUUUUCCUGUCUCGUAACCUUAACCCCAACUCUAACGUUAACUCUUUAGCGCAACACUGCCCGCAAUGCGGGAAGGUCCAUAUUCGCGUGUCUUACCCUUUCCUUUUGCGGAUCGAAUGGAAAACGUAUAAGUGGUUUGCCACAUGUCCACAAAAUUCAGAAGUAGCCACUCUGAGGGACGAAAGUUAAGCAACCUUUGGAAGCAUUACGUCGCGAUCUCGAGCGAUUUUAAUGAGAGGGAUUCAUUCAGUUUGCUACUGUGUUUUAUCUUGUGUCCCUAAAACGGACCAUGGGAAUCCCUGCCGUCCCCCCAUCUUUGUCGUUAUUGUUGAAAAUCCCUGUCAGGCAUACGCUGCGGAUCAAGGGGUCUUGUGGUAAGCUUAGAAGCGGGUUUUCGCCGUGCCAGCCACCCGCGGCCUCUCCCGCCUCCAGUCCUCUUGGUCAUAACACCCGGCCCAGGUAGCGAAGGAGGAGAGGGCACGGUAGAUUAAGCGCAAGUCUAAUAUCACACCAAACCAAUUCAUGCGCAAGUUACCGCCCCUGCUCUCGCCCUCCUGUGGAGCACACAGUGGACUGCCGUGUCCCAUCUGUUGCACAAUAUGAGACAUUGACAAGGCAGAAAAAGGGUACGCAAGGUCUGUGUGGUCCUCCAAAUGUCCUGUUGGAGUUGAUGCAACGUGCGCCGACUUGACCGAGAUUGUUGCAUUACUGCUUAACAUAUUGUAAAAUUCGAAGCUAUUUCACGCUUAGCGUGACCGAUGUCUUUUACAAUGCUUUAUGACCACCAGAAGGUCUCUCCCUAUUUAUGUAAAGAGAUGUGCAAUUUCGUUUUAAGAAAACUGCACGUCAGUUAGAUUAGAAUCCUUUGACGUACGUGAAAACGCGGGACGUGUGAAGAAUAAAAUGGGAAUUAGCAAACUUUUUAAAACAAAAAGCCAUCUUCCUUCAAGAAUGGACUAUGAAGGAGCCGUCAUUUCCAACAAAGGAAACGUAAUAAUUGGAGCUGUCUUGCCUACCUAACAAAGAUUUUGGUUAAAUUUAUGCAGAUAUCGAAGAUAAAUUUGCAUAAAGCACGCUAUGCAAACAUUAUUUCCUUCAACUGUGAUCGAGACAGAAGGCUGCAAAAAUGCACAUCCGAAAUCCAUAUCAUCCUGUGUUUUGGUUACCCAAGGAUGGAGUAUAGACCAACUAGUAGCGCAACUCUAAGUUGAUAGUAUUAUUCUUUCAAAGGGACAGUUUUAAAUCGUGACCAAGGCUUCAUUAAUGUUGACGCGUACUAUAUUUGUAGUCGUCCCCUGCAGCAGACUUUUUCUUUAUUCGGUUAGAUGGGCUGGUACAUUUGCCGCAUUGUAGACGAUUUGGUGUUCACUUUGUGUCAAAUCUUUAAGAAAACUAGCGUCAGUACGCCAAGUAUGUGCAAACACCUUAACAACUUAUUUUAUACUUAUUCCUUCUUCGUCAUGGAGAAAUGUAAACAAAUACCUAGGUCUGAAAGCGACUAUUUAGGGCCACAAAAAGGAGUGUUUUUCUAUCGACGUUUGGGUAAUCAGUACCAUACUAUAAGCGUGCGUCUGACUUUAUGGAAACUAGUUUAUUUUAUGUAGGCGAACAAGUAGUUUACGGGGUUCUUCGGCAAAGACAGGGGGACCUGGCGCGGCCAUUUCUGUCGUAUUGAACGUCGUCAGUCAUCCACACCCUAGCCCUUAAACUUGAAGGCUUGGGGCUCAAGCCUGGAUUGUGCUCAUUGAUAGUUUGAGUCAGACAUUCUACCAUUAAGUCACGGAUUUGCCUCCGGUUGGCUGUCGUCUAGAAUGCCUAGGAGUGAUGUUAGCUCAUCCAGCCUGAUUCCAGGGCUGAAUGCGUGUUAUUCACUUCACUUUAGAGCUUUGGUGUGGAGUUGGAGACAAUUUUGAUAAAAUCCGCUUCCGAUUUCCGAUACAAACGAAAGGCUCAAAUCGUCUCGCCUGUUUCUGAGCGUUGAGAUCAGAAGACUGGGUGAAGAGAGAGCACAUUACGAAGAACAGUUGUUUCGUAUCUGAGCCCAAGCUGCCAGGGUUUUUGCGUAUCCGAGAGUUUGCGUAACAAUCCGUUAUCGAUAGUUUGUACCGUUCAGAUGCUUAGAUUUCGGCUGUAUCGCCUGCCCAGUCCAUUAAUGUGCUGACAGCACAUAUACCACAACAGGCAGAUCGUCCCUGCAGUCUAACGAGAGCAUAAUCCUAGACAUGACUCGUCACAUUUUUCAGGUUGAUGGACUGCGCAUCCUCACUCCCAGCAGUCAUGAGCUUCUGCAACGCGUCCCCUCUCCCCUGGAGAAUCUCGGUCGCAUCGGCGCCUCCUGUCCGGCCGUGCUAUUACUGUCAGCCUACAAGCACUGGGAGGAGCGCUCCGGCGGUUCCCAUGAAUACCUACGGUCCAUUCAGUCCGGCGUUCGAAUGUUGGAAGCCGUGUCCCAAUGCCUGGACGCUGCCAGCCACUGUGCCCUGGCCGCAAAAUCGACCGCAAAGGCGUUACUGAGUGCUGCGCGUUUCGGCCGUGGCUUUCUCUCUGUGGUGCUCACCUCCCCGGAUAAGGCUCACGGUCUUGAUGCCAGUAAAGUUAAUGAGCUGUAAGAAUCCGGUUCUCUCUUUUUUGACGGCUCUACAUUUCUGUCAUAUUUCUCUUUACUCAAAUGGUACGCAGUACGUUGGCUGCCCUUCUUUCAUUACAGUUUGUGCUCCCAAGAAGCUCAGACUGUUUUUGAUCGUCCAUAUCCAGAACUCGAGGCUGAAAUAAUCACUUCUGGCCCAUUUGCCGUCAUCAGCUCGCUAUAUACCAGCCCGUUGUCGGAAUACUCCCGGUCGUAGUCGAGACGACGCGGGUCCAAAGCUCACAUGCAUUUGGCUUAGUGCUCAACAACCUGAGAGUACCUCUUCGACCGCCGUCUUGCUGUCAGGGGCAGAGAAAUGAAGAUAGCCAUUUCAGUCCCUCCUGGCUUUGUCGGUCAUUAAUUACCGCCGAUACGCAACUGCUUAUGUUGACUCUACAUCGGAGUUUGUAUUGCGUACCGCAAUCAAGAUAGGCCUGUGGAUGUAAUCUCUAGGUGAAUCUAUGUUUCGUUUGGCCUGCGGCAGCAGUAUAGUCGUAGGGAGAACCGUUUGAGAGGCGAGCGCGCGUCUCUCGGAUCGUCAUAAAUUCUUCUGGGCGUUUAGUACCUGAAUGCAUUCUGAACUAUCUCACUGUUUGAUUCAUGGUGGAGUAUAGCCAGUCUGCUGGCUUUUGUGCUAUUAAGUUCUGUUAGAUUGCAUGAUCAUUUGUAAAAUUGCUACCGUUUUCGCCAAUGAUGUUCCUCGGUCGGUGGUUAAUGUCCAGCUUUUGACCGCAUACGACUCACAGAAAGUCAAACAUCCCUAAGUGGCACCUCCACCUGACUUGAUUGUUUAGCAUUCUAAAGUGUGCACUGCGGUCGUCUUAGCAGCCUAUAUUAGUCCAGCGCAAAACCCCCAGUGCUACUUUUUAUGAUCCACUUACAUUAUUGGGUAUGUGCGGAGAUGGUAACAGCAACAUCUCUCCUAAGUAGGGACAGUCACAACCAUUUCCAUUUGCGUGGUAUGGGACCAGGAUUCCCAUCAGCUCACUUAGUUGUCUUUAAAAUAUGUCAAACAUCGACUGUUUUUUAAUCACCGUUGCUAAGUCAUGUGCGUAUAUUUUAUUCGGAGCAAUAAGGAAGAAUAUGUUAAAGACAUCCUUUAGUUUUUUUAAGCCCACUCAAUGCAUUUGCUUCUUUUGAAAUAUCCGUAUUUGGUUCUGACACUUCUGCAAAAGUGAUGUUUUUCUUCAAGCAGAAUUUUGGGUAUGUGAACCUGAAACACCGUUAGUGGUCAAGCAGUGUUUUGUUCGGCUUCCAGAUUAUGGUUUGGUCGUGAUCACGAGCAGGCGACAACCUACUUGACCACAAAACGGCCAAACAAACAGCUACAGGGGGAAGGACAGAUAAAGCCGUAGGGAUUGGUGUUAGCCUUUUCCCGUGUAAACAUCUACCCAGUUUUCUCCGAUACGGACUUGCAGGUGUCAAAGCACCAAUGAACUCCGGCCCGAUGGUGACCUUGACUCACCGGUUAGACAGCAUCUGCUAACCACCUACGCACCGUUCUCAUGCUUGCAUUUCAGGCCCAACGUGUUUGUCGGCGCUAUGGCUGGCUGAAUAGAUGCCUUAGGACCUGGUAGAUGGUCGCCUGUUUGUGACCCCCUACCGACCUAUUCGAGAUCUGUUUGCUCCGUGAUACUAAACAGAUCGAUGCUUGCCUACUAACAUGUGCACUAAACGUGUUUUUCGUUUAGUUGGCCUGACACUUUAUCAUAAUUUACUCCCCAAAAAUUGGAUGGGAAACAUUUCAAUCGAACGUUUUUCGUUCUGCUUCGCGGUGCACUUUAACAGAAUUGUUAAAAGUAAAUGGGCCGCUGUUCUUUUCGUAAACCCCUUGUCUCAGUUUAGCAACUUAUUCCGGUUUCUCGAAAAAGCAUCACUCCCACCCAUAUUAUAAAUUAGCAAACAGGUGAGAGAUUUGUGUACCAUAAUCUUGGCUGAUGACCACACAUGCUCGCCUCAAAUAAUUCUUCGGCAGUAGAUAUCAGGCAUCCAUAGGAACAAAGUGAAGGUCUGAUUAAAUGUGCCCUCCCGCUUACCAUGCUUUUUUCCGGAGGUAAAAUUUUUCAGGUGGUUGUCAGGUCAUUUGACGCUCACCCUCCCCGUCGCCAUGGUUAAAGUAUAUGCUAACGUCCUCUGUGCAAUUUGUUCACCACUUACUCCACAGCAUGCAGUACAAUUGUUAUAGUCCCCCCUCCCUAGGGUUCACGUAGUAACUCUUUGGAUUGGCGCAUAUGCGGGAUCAUAUCCGUCCUCUCCCCCAACGCCCUUUUCUUACUCAGUUCCCAACGAACCGUGGAAAUAUGCAAUACCCUGCGUCUGCUCAACAACCUAGCUGUACCAUGGAUCUCCAUCGCCAUCACCUGGUUCCAGUACGAGAGCAUAGGUCCACUGGCGCUGCUGGACCGUUUGCUGUCUUGCGGCCACUAUCCAAUGGCCGUCGAGCUGGUGCGCCUACACCAACAGCAUCCCUCCCUUCUCUUUCCGGAGGAGAGCGCUAAAUUGCGCACCCUCGGCAUGACGCGCAUCCUCUCGCACUGGGUCACCCGCCUGCCAAGCGGUGCUGACCAGGGCCCCGAACUACAUCUACUUCUCCGUCGCCUGACCGAUGUGCUGACCAAACUGGCCGGUUCUCCUAGCAAUCAGCGUUGGUCAGCCACUGCCGGCAGUGGUGGUGGCGGCGGCCUCGUUGUGCCCAGCCUCUCCUUCACCGACGUGGCCACUCGGGCAGCAGAGUGCGGGCACCGAAAUCUGGCGGAGAAGCUGCUGGAACUGGAGCCUCGGCCCUCGCUUGAGAUACCUCUGCUGUUGCGGUUGAACAAGCACGGUCUGGCCCUGACUCGGGCCGUCGAGUCGGGCGACACAGACUUACUGUUGCAGGUUCUAAUGGCCUUGCAAGACACUGCUCAACUGGAUGCAGCUUCGCUAGGCCUCCUGCUAAGGCAGCAUCCCACAGCGCUGGCGUUCUAUCGAGAGCACCUGGAGCAACGUGCCCUUACUGGCUGUGAACCGGCCACCCGUAGUCGGACCUCCAGUCAGCUGACCUUCCAGGCUCUUGCUGCCUUGCAGAAGGAGGACGACCAAUCUGUGAAUAUAAAGCGAGAGGUUGUGGCCGCAUUUGCCUCACGGGUACGCUUUCCACUUAUUUGA